AUGGCUGAAGGAUCUAGGAGGAAUCUUGCCCCUGAAGAUAGUAUGACUCCACCACCCACUGAUGAACCAUGGGAAAAGGUUAUGGAAGCUAUUCAAAUGCAAGCAACAGCUACCCAUAAUCUGGUACAACAAAUGUCAAUGCAAAGAGAUAGCACUGCAAAUGCCAACAGGGUGUUUUAUGAUUUUCUUAAGUUGCAGUCUCCAACAUUCCAGGGCAGCCACAAUCCCUCAGAGGCUCAAGCUUGGUUGGAUGAGAUUAAAAAGACAUUUGAAGUAGUGCCUUGUACUGAAGAACAAAAAGUGGCAUUUGUUACCCAUCUACUAAAGGGUGCGGCAGAGUAUUGGUGGAGGAGUGCAAAGACUUAUCUUCAGACUCAAGGAACCCAUAUGAAUUGGGAACACUUUGAGGUGACCUUUUUAGACAAGUAUUAUCUAAAAAGUGCCAGAAGACAAAAAGAGUUGGAGUUUGUGCACCUGCAACAAGGAGACAUGUCUGUUGCAGAGUAUGUUGUUAAGUUUGAAGAAUUGGCUGAUUUUCUCCACAUGCUUAAUAUGCACCCACAUAAGAAUGGAAGAUAA